UGUGUUUUGCUUUCCAGUGAUGGUCUCUGUUGUCUUUAGGAAGGCCAAUCAGGAUAUAUGUGCAGCAAAAACAUGUGUAGAUACAUCCGUAUCUAGAAAAAUUAAAGACAAGUAAUUCGGGGCAGAGGGAGUAUUUAGGAUCAUGUUUUAGGUGCAGCCUCUAUGCCCAAAACGACACUGCCUGUUAAGCUAGGGAAUAGUAGCCUCAUACAUAAGUUGGUCAACUAACAGUAACGGGAUGACAGACGAGACAUCAAAGCAAACAACCCAGAUUUGUCCUUACCUUUAUAUCUCUGUGAUCUUUAAAGCAGCAAGCAAAGAAUCUAAUGAUGGAUGUGGUGUGUAGAGGCAAAGAAUUCAUAGCUUUUGUUUUUGAGAAAGAGAAAGCAAAGCAAACGCAAGGAAAGCUAGUUCAAGGAGAAGUUACGAGAGGGCAUGCAACUUUCAGUUUGCUUGUGUAGUGUAUCAAGGUCAAGACUUGUGCCAGUGCAGCAAUUAAUCAAGGAAAGGAAGGAAAUUGGAUCUGGAGAUUGCUGUAGGCUGUUCUAUGGGUUAGAUAUUCCCAACGGAACUGCUGACAUUUGAAGGAUUGAUUUGAUUCAUCAUGCCUAAACCAGAGGAGAUCAAGAUCCAAGCAAAAAACAUCGAUGCUGCAGCAGGGGAGAUAAUUGGCGUUUUGGAGGAUACAAGCAAAGGAAAUGUGAUCUUUGUCAAUGGUUUGUAUGGGUUUGGGGCAUCAGCAGCACUCAAGGCAGUAGCACAACGUCUGAAAUCAUCAAAAUCAAAGUUUGACAGGGUUAUUCAUGUGGAUUGCUCGUUGUGGAAAAGCAUGAGGGCCCUGCAAAAGGCAGUUGCAGAGGAGCUGGAGCUUCCGCCGUCGGUGAUGGCCAUCUUCGAUCGGUUGGACGAGGAGGAUGAUUUCAGUGGGAUAGAUGAAGGUUCUCGACGGGUGAUAGCAGCUAUUAGCACAGAAAUCUUCAAAAAUCUCACUAAUAGUAGAUUUGUGGUGAUAUUUCACAAUGGGAGCAACGAAUACAUUGAUCUGUACGAGUGUUGUGGUGUCCCAGUAUUAUCAGUUUUGAGUAAUAAGGUGCUGUGGACAUGUCACGGGAGGUUUCUCAGCUGUCCUGGUGACUUCAAUAUAAUGACGCAUACUGAUGUCGUUAUCGAUUAUUCUGAUGAUGAUUGCAUCCGCGAUGAAGCAUUAUUGGAAGAGGCCAAGGAGAUUGUCUCUUAUAUGUGUAUUCCAGAGCCUGACAUGAACCAUAUGAUUGUUGAGAAGUGCUUCCAUUACGUCUGUGCAUUGGGAUCUCGAUCUCACUGGUCCUUCAAGUGGGAGAACCAUGCUUCAAACUACUUGGUAUGCGAUGGGAUUAUACAAGGGCAAGGUGAUACAUCAGCAUGGGGAAUUGCCGAUGCUCUACAGAGAAACAUGCGUUUGGAUUGGCUUCUGAAGUCCGGUGAUGAUGAAAUUCGUCGUCACCUUCAGUGCAGGCUUCCUGACCGCUGGGUUUUGCUGCAACACAAGAAGGGCAAGCUACCUGAUGAGGUUGGCAUGGUGUUUUCUGAAACUACAUCCUACUUCGUUGUACCUGAAUGGAAUCUUUUUCGAUACUACUACUCGAUGGUGACAUUACCAAAUGGAAUAUUCCAACAUUCACACAGCAGCAAGCUCCGUGUGUUACAUCUCUCUUAUUGCAGCUUCAGUUUUGAAUCGCCUCCCUUCCUGUGUUGCAACCAGCUAAGAUUCCUCCUGCUAAAUGUAUGCGAAAAUACACCAUCUGAUAAGCAUCCAAGCCACAAUGAAGACGUGUUAUGCUUCCAGAAGCUAUGGGUGCUGCACCUGAGCUAUACAAACUGGUAUCGAUUACUAUCAGAAGAGAUGAUGAAUUUUAUGGCUGACCUUAGGGAGUUGCAUGUAGAGAACGUCAAGGGUUGGGGCAUAAGUGAUUUAAGUGGCAGGUUUCCUUCCCUUGUCAAGGUCCACGUAGAGGAAGGCUUCUUCGCAACCAUGAAAUACCACUUAGCUGACCUGUCCAGCGCACGCUUCCUUAAGACAGUCAUCCUUGUCGGUUGUUUUAAUCUGAAACAAGUUGUCCCCGGCGUGCUGCCCCCAUCGCUCGAGUCAUUCACCUUCAAAACUCAGUUUAAUCCAGUCAUGAUAUAUAGCAUUUCCUUCCAGGGUUGUUCUCAGUUGAAGAGUAUACUACUGCGAGGAUAUCUAGGGAGCCUCGAGGAGCUGGACCUCUCAGGCACAAUAGUGAAAACUCUCGACCUCAGAGAAGUGACCGCUCAAAACCUCAAAUGUCUCAUCUUGCUAGCCUGUGAGAAGCUCUGUGCAAUAUUAUGGCCACCAGCUGAACAUAAAAGGGCAAAGUUUUUGGAGGUGCUGCACAUCAGCACCAUACGAUCUACAUCACCAGGCCAAGCUAGUUCCCGGAAACCUGUUGCAGCUAUGGGAUCAUCCUCUAGUCCUGUUGCUACUGCUAAAGAACAGGGCAUCCGUCGAUAUGCGUCCUUUGACUUUAAGUGGUAUAUCUGCACAAGGGAUACAAGGAUCCUUAGGUCGCUUGAACCGGUUAAAAGAUAUAUUGAGCACAGUCAUGUAUAUAUGGAAAUGGGUUCAUCUCCUACAACUGCUGCUACUGUUGGUGACAGUGAAGCUGCUCAAGGAAUCCGGAGUCUGCGCAAGCCUGAUAAUUCUUUAUAUGCAAGGGGUCUCUUCUGUCAGAGCGACCUACAGGCUGGCGCUGAUAAUGAAGGUGCAAUCAGCUGGAUGUGGGAUUGCCCAGCUAGUCCUACUCCAAGGGCCCAAGACUUGUAUCUUCACAUACAUGAUAAGCAGGAGGUGAAGAGGGGACUACUACAGCAAAAACAGAGCAACACUGAAGGAAUUAAUGUUAGCGCUGUUUUCCCUGGUUUCAUAGUUAACAAUGCUCGGAUGCUUCACGUGCAUGAUAGCUCAUCCGUCACUUGCAUCACAUGCCCACAACCACAAGGUUCAUGCUGGAGGUGGCUUGAAUGGUGCCGAGUCGAGAGGUGCCCCAAGCUAAGUACUGUCUUUUAUACUCCCCAACCAAGUGAGGGUGAUAGCUUCUGUUAUGAGUUGGCCACAUUCUGGGCAUCUGAACUCCCAAAGGCAUGCCACAUCUGUGAUUGGAGUGAAAUGCAUAUGUUUUCCUUUGUACAAAUAGUACUAUUGCACCUGGACUAUUGCCCUAGGCUCAUACAUGCGCUACCCUUAUCCGAGUCUGUGGACACUUUGCCUCAUUUGGAUACCCUGGAGAUUGUGUGUUGCGGUGAUCUAAGGGAGGUCUUUGCUUUGGAACCUAAGCAAAAGCAUCCGAGAAUUAUUGGAUGCUCCAAGCUAAGGCGCAUUCACCUGUACGAGCUCCCCAGCCUACAGCACAUCUGUGGUAGCAGGAUGUCCGCGCCCAACUUGGAGACUGUCAAGAUUAGGGGCUGUUGGAGCCUCAGGAGCCUACCAGCCGUUAGCAGAAGCAAUGAGAAGCUGCCUAGUGUAGACUGCGAGAAGGAUUGGUGGGAUAAUCUGGAGUGGGAUGGGGUGGAGGCGAACCACCACCCUUCGUUCUAUGAUCAUAACCACUCGUCACAUUACAAGGCCCAGCAGCAAAGAGGCACUGUACUAUGGUGAGAUACAUAUGACCUAUAUCUCUCUUUUCAUCACUAACUCUCUUGGAGUGCCACUGCCAGCCAGCAUAAUUCACCAUUCUAAUUCUAGUUUUGAUACUAUGUAUGUGUAGUGAACCAACCAUCUCAUUGACGAUUUGUUUUCGCUGCGGCAAAUUUUAACAUGG